UGAAUCCAUUUCAGAAACCCAUAAACACGGUGGAUAUUUUAUGGUCACGUCCUCUGUUGGACUCUGUCUUUCUUUCUCAUUAACGGCUGCAUGCGUACUGCAUCAUUUGAGCCGCCAUCUAAGGGCUCAACCUUUUGGUCUCCUUUGAUCCUAUAACUGAUGGCCCAGUAAGCCUCUGGCUGCCAGUCUUGAUUGCGUUUCGCCUGAUGGCGUCUCAAGAUCAUGAGGUCCAUGGCAUGAGCGCCCACGAGAUGAGCGGCAACUGCUGCAAGAGAUGCAGCCACUGCGACUCGCAUUACUACUGGCAUCAUCUGGAUGAUCGGCAGAAGCAUUUCUUCAAGCUCAUGCUCGGCGAUUUCCAGCAGCAGAUGAUCGUACCGGAGAAAUUUGCUAAGAAUUUCAGAGGCCAGAUCUCUGGAGUGGUCAAGCUGGAAGCUCCUGAUGGAAACUUAUACAAAGUCAAUGUUUCACAAGAUCUGAACAAGUUAGUUUUCAGGUAUGGGUGGGGGGCAUUUUGCAGCGCUUAUGAACUGGAGCAGGGUGACAUGCUGGUGUUCAGAUACAGUGGGGACUCCCACUUCAAGGUCCUCAUCUUUGAUCAGAGUGGAUGCGAGAAAGAAUUCUUCCGCGUCGUCAUGAAUCCCACUUGCAGUGUCCGACGACGGGGAAUUCCUCAUGAACAAUCUCCAUCAGGGGAAGGGUUAGCGCGGCAUCGAACCGAUGAACUGAACCACAGCAGAAAAGCUUCAAAGAUGACUCCAGCAGACUCACCUUCACAGAGAUCAACUGAAGAAAUGGCAUAUCCAGAGGAUACUGUAAAGCCCAUGGAUUCAGGUGUAUUUCAGACAUCCUCCGAAUCGCGCGCUAUCUUAGCAAAGGGCUGCAUCCUGACUAGUGCGCAGAAGGCGAAACUCGAUGCAUUUCAGAAGAAAAUUAGGCCUGGGAAUCCACUGUAUGUCACAAACAUGAACAAGACCAAUCUGUCUAAUGGAUAUAUGGUCAUUUGCAAGGACUACUCUGAUAAGUACCUCCCACAUGAAGAUCAAGCCAUCACGCUGUGUCACCCUCCUGGUAGCAGGAAACGGGAUGCAAAUCUGAAGAUCUCUGCUGAAGGCGCGUACAUCUUCUCCAAUGGCUGGCGGAGCUUGGCUCGCGACCACGAGUUGCAGGAUGGCGAUGCCUGCGCAUUCGAAGCAUCGACGAGCGAGGGGCGAGUGACACUGUCGGUGCAUCCUCUUCAAGGAAGCUACAAUCCACCAGAAUCAGGCGCUUCAGCACCCCUGGAGCUAGACAUCCAUUCAGGUUACAUGGUGAGCAAACACACAAAUCUAACGCCGGAGCAGAAGAAGAGAGUCCUUGAGAAACUACGGGAAAUUCAGGCUAAAACCUUCGUCUUCGUGACGGCCAAAAAGCGUGGCAACGACAGCAUGUGCUUCAACAAGGACUUCGCCAUGGAGCACCUACCCCGGGUGCCGCAGACGGUGCGGCUGCGGCGGCCGGGCGUGAGCUGCAGCUGGGAGGCUCAGCUGCAGGUCAGGAACGAGGGCAAGGUGCACCUGCUCCGCCGCGGGUGGAAGCAGUUUGUCGACGACAACGCGCUGCGGCAGGGCGACCUGUGCUUGUUCCAGCCGCUCGGCGGCGGCGGCUGCGAGGACGACGGCGAGCUCGCCAUGAACGUCCACAUCCUUCGCGGACACUGAUCCAGCGGCUGCAGCAAGAAGCUGAAUCAUGAUGUACGAUUUAGUGUACUGCAACUGCAGCAAGACAUGAAACUUUUUUUUUUUUUGAAACUGCAAGACAUGAACUUGACAAACUCUCAUCUGAGAGAUCAAAAACCAUUUUACUUGUGCCUGUUUGACAAUUCAAUAAUGGUGAAGGGUGAUCAUCCCCUGACACUGACAGAGGAAA